AUGCCACAUGUUUUCGUGAAUGUCCAAAGCGCCUUACGAUGCCGCGAGUGCAUCCAUUUCUUUGCGUGGUCGUUCCCAUCACUAAUCACUUUGUUUAUGAAGCAGUUUGAAUCAAAUGGAAGCGGAGUGAAAUGCCUUAUUCAAGAAUACUUUUCCCCUCCUGUCUUUUUUAAAACAUGUGAAGACUCAGUACAAGAUGAAGCUCAGUGUUUUGUUUGUAUUCGUUUUUGGCUUCAGACGGCAUCACGUUACAGCGUCAUAGAUGCUUUUGUCUGCUCCUCUCCUCUCUGCAUAGAUUCAUCCUCACCUGUUACAUAA